AUGCUAGAUGAUAUUCUUAUAAAGCAGCUCCUCCUAACACACGAUCCAGAUGGUCGCAGGCUGGAUUCUGAGACAAUGCUCCAUGCUGUCGGCAACAUUAUGUUUCAUGCUUCCACAAUAGUGGUGGCUUCUAAUUUGUAUUCUGCUUGCUUUCAGAAGAAUGAUAUAAGUGAAAUUGAAACGCUUGGUUCUUGUGAACCAAUUGGAUACAUCAUUACAAAAAUACGCAAGAUACUCUGCAAAUGCUGUCGAGAAGGUGAUACCAACCCAAAGAUCAUGAGUUUGUUUGAUUUGAUAGGGAAGUAUAGCUGGGAUGCAAAAGUAGUUUUAGUACUUGCUGCUUUUGCUGCAAAAUAUGGUGAAUUUUGGCAACUUAUGGAGCUAUAUCCUGGUAAUACUUUGGCGGUUUUAAUUUCAAGAGUUAAGUUGAUGCCCUGCAACUUAAGGCCUCUGCAGCUACAAAUCAAGGCAUUGAGCUUGUUGGUUAAGACUAUGAUGGAUGUGGCAAUGUGUAUCAUUAAGUUUGAAUCCCUCCCCUUUCAACAUGUUGGGCAGGGGAAUGACAUAUUCCAUGUCACAAAGUCUCUAAUAUACGAAGCUGUAUACUGGAUCACUAGAAGCUGUUUGGCAUGUUUUUCUCAAGUCAUGGAUUUCACAACCAAGAAAUAUGAUCAAGUGUAUUCAGAUUCAUCAAUAAUUGCUGCCUGGGAGCUCUCAAGUUUGGCGUAUAAGUUAAGUGACAUAUGCAGCAUUCUGAGAGGACAGGUGGAUCUGUGUCAAGAGGAAAUAGAAAGAAACUUGUAUGACAGGCUGUUGAAUCUUGAUUGCGAGGAUCACAUUGAUAAUCAGAAGGUUCUCACUUUAUUUUUUCCCUCCAAGAAUUACUUGCCAUUGAAGGAUUGCUCAAGACAAGUAAAGCUUGGUCUGUCUGAAUUGAAAAAUAAGGAAGUGCUAUUCUUUAUUUCAAAGCCACAUCUACACACCAUGGAAGAAAUAUUCUUAAUGGUUCAGCAAACAAGUGAUCAUCCUCUAAAUGAGAGGUUGAGGGAAAGUUAUAAGAUUGUGUGGGUUCCCCUUCCAUCUUCUGAUACAUGGACUGAUGCUGAAGAGAAUAGUUUUAAUUUUCUGUCAGAUUUCUUGCCUUGGUAUGCUGUUAGAAGACCAGGGGAACUUAGCUCAGCAGUGGUGCGGUACAUAAGGGAACAAUGGAACUAUAAGGAUGAACCCAUCAUGGUAGCUCUGGAUUCAAAUGGGAAGGUCACAAAUUACAAUGCUCUUGAUAUGAUCAAGAUUUGGGGAGGUUUAUCUUAUCCCUUUUCGGCUUCAAAAGAGGUAGAACUCUGGCAAGACCAGAAUUUGACAAUGCAACUUUUGCUGGAUGGUGUCAAUCCUCUCCUUGCAUACUGGGUUGAACAAGGCAAAAAUAUUUGCCUUUAUGGGAGUGUAAACAUGGUUUGGAUCCAACAAUUCAAUGAUAAGAUAACUGAGCUCAAACUAGCAGGUCUGCAGCUGGAAACAAUAUACGUUGGUAAUAGUCUCAGUCAGUUAGGUGAAGAUGUUAAAAUUGUUAAAAAUAUAAUGGCAGGUAGCGGUGAAAUAAAUCUCAGUGAUCCACUUUCCUUCACAAAUGUACAAUUAUUUUGGCUUCGGUUGGAGAGUAUGAGAAGAUCUAAACUGAGAUUAGGAAGGACACCAAGUUCUGAUCAAAUACUAGAAGAGUUGUCAGUUUUGCUUGACAUGACUGAUAGAGAAGAAAAUUGGGCAGUAAUUGGAAGUGGAAGUUCAAAUGAUGUUUUUAGGCUUCAAGGGGUGCAAGUGAUGGAAUUCUUAAGGAACUGUUCUGAGUGGGGAGAAUUGUCGGGUGCACAAAGAAACUUCCUAGAUCCUACUUUUCUAGCAGGGAGUUGCACUCACUCUUACUUGGUUCCAUCAAGAGAAAAUGAAAGACCAAGUCAAGGAACUGUGAUUUGUCAAGUGUGCAAGCGUCCCAUGAAGAAGUUUGUAGUGUACCAGCCAUGA